AUGGGGUGCCUAGGAAAUGUUCGUGGUGGUGACCUGAGGACAUUGGGUUAUGUGAAGAGAGAUGUUUCGAACAUAAGAACAAUGCUUCGUAAUGAUGUCUCGCUGCGAGACAUGAGUCUGACAAUUGAGUACUUUGAAAAAAGAAAAGCUGAAAGCCCGAGCUUCUUUUAUGCAACACAGCUGGAUGAGAAUAAUGCCCAAUAUGAAUUGUGCCAGAACUUGAUGCUAGAUCGUGAAGAUAAUGCAGGUUUCACCAUGGAGACAACAGGGAGACCUCUUUGGGGAAGUUGGAGCAUUGAGGCACAAUCUCAGAAAUUCUACACCCCAGAAGUGUUUGAAAGGUUCCAGAAAAUGAUUUCGACAUCAACAAGGUUUCAUCCAAUUCAUGUUGAAGCAGAAAAGUUGAGUUUCGAUCUUAUUCCAAACAUUGGACUUAAUGUUAAAACAUAUCGAGUUGAAGUUGAUGCUGCGGAAUCAUUGUAUAGUUGUGGUUGCAACACAUUCGAGAUGUGUGGUCUUUUAUGCGCACACAUCAUCAGAGUGAUGGUGCACCUAAAUGUCCAAGAAAUACCAGCAAGGAAGAUGAACAAUCUUGCUUCGGAUGCUUGCUACGCUGAAGAUACAUAUGCAAUUGUGUCAAGUAUGGUUGAUGAAGCAAGUAAAAUUGUAACUAACAUGAGGAGAGCUCGAAAUGGAAUGCAGCAACAGCAAGAAGGUAUGCAGCCAGAACAGCAUGAAGCAGGUCAUCAGGGUAAUGAAGCACAACAGAAAGCAGCAGUAGAUGAAGCACAAGGAAGUGGCAACCUGCGAAACCCACCCAGGAACAAACCUAAAGGACGUCCAAAAGAAACAGAAAAGCGACAUAAGCCUUUGAUCGAGCUAAGAGAAGAAGCAAACAAAAAAAGACAGAAGAAGGCGAGUGAACCCAAGACCAAGAAGGAACCUGCAAUGAAGAGGAAGGCAAGGGUGAAAAAAUGUCCCUAUUGCAAUGAAGAAGGUCACACGAUACAAGAAUGCACAUGGAUGAAACUUGCAAGACAAGCUGACGAAGCAAGGGCUGCAGGCGUUGAGUUGAGGUUAUAG